AUGCACUCUCGAUUAAUGCAUAUAAUCGCGAAGUUUUCUGAUAACUAUGACGACUAUGAAGAAAUAAUCGAUAAUGAUCAUGAAAUAACCGAUGGUAUUAACGAUAAGGUGGAUGCUGUCGAGUAUUCCCCCAAGAUCGCCUUGGGUGUUCCCUCGGUGAAAAUACUAGGUAUAUCUGGUUUUAAUGUCCGUGCUUCGACAGAAGGUGUUAACAAUGAACCAAUAAUUAACGAGAUAUUAAAGCUUCGAAAUGAGGAGGCAUCGCUUCUAGGCUUUCCCCAUUUCGCGGCUUUAUCGCUUUCACACAAGAUGGGAGAUACACUAGAAUCUGCUAAUAAACUUAUCCAGGCCAUCUUUGAAGCUGCGAUGCCUGUUGCCAAACGUGAAUUCGAGGAACUUACGCUCUUUGCCAAAAAUCAACUUGAGCUAAACUUGCAAAUUAAACCGUGGGCCGUGCAAUAUUUGACGGAAGAACUUCUGGGAGUCCGUGUACAGGAGGUUGAUCAGGAAAAAGAGGGGUUCACAACUUGGCACGAAGAUGUUAAAGUGCACAAGAUGGUGGAUAAUCGUUCGGAAGAAAAAAAAGCUAUGCAUGGAUGGGUAUUUGUGCUACCAGAAGCAAGGAUUUCAAAACAGGCCAAAUACGAUUACCAGUAG